UCACACAGGAUCUUCCCAAUAACAUGAUUCAUCAAGUGGCCAUUAAGUCUCUUCCUCAAGAAUGGCUCUGGUGUGAAACCUGGUGUGAUGAUGAAUCCAAGAAAAAGGCUAAAACAAUUGACUUGUGCAAUAACCCCCAAACCAAAGAACCUAAACUGAAGGCUGCUGUCAGGAUAAUUCCUGAAUGGGUUGAGUAUGACUCUGAAAUACAAAAGCUAAUAAAGCAAAUUGAAAUAGAGAAGAAAGACCUAACUCAACUGUCUCAAAAAAUUUUCAAGCAUGAUGAGCUCUAGCAUGAUUCACAAAUAAUAGUUGGUGACACAAAGCAAUCUUUUACACAAGAUGGAAUGGAGGAUGUGACUACUGCUGUGGCACAAUUUUCAACAUCUCAUCAAUGUGAACUCAUAUUUUUUAAUUUAUAUGGACUUUGCUUAAACCAUUUAAAUGGAAUGAAAAUAUACUGUAAAAUCAGUAUAUGGGAAAUGUUUCAGUUUUCUUUUUGUUCUGAGCAAGGUAAGUGUGCUUUCAUAUUUUGUUGCCCUUUUCAAAGACAGAUAACUUGUAGUUUAUAAAUAAUACUGGAUUGGACCAUUUGAAUUUAUGUUGUAUGGCAUUUUUCUAGGAUAGCUUGACUAUAGUUGGUAAACAUUAGACAAUCAAAUAUUUAAAGGGACUGCCCUGUGUAUCUGCAUGUAGGCAAAGUUUUGCCAGCUCAAAUUCCCUAGAAUCUUAUGUGCACAUAAAUUUGUUCAUGCACUAGAUGCCUGUGUUUACAAGAAAAAUCACAGCAAAACAAGUAUCAUUGUAAAAAAUAGCUUGUAACUGGAAAAUAGAAUUUAUAACCAACCAAAAA